ACAGGCCACGGAGAUUCAGUUGUUUGUCGAGUGGCGCUGCGAGAAUGAAUGCUUGGCAGAGUCUGACGCGACGCCUGGCCGUCGCCACACGCCCCAUUCGAUCGUUGAGAGGUUCCUCGGCCCAGGCACAGGCACGGCCACAGGCCCAAGCGAGUGUCGCGGCCCUGCAGGCAGCAGUUCAUGCGGAGCUUCAUGCCCGGCGGGGAGUUCAGCGACGCCUCCAUUGUGUAGUUCUCGAUGGGCAUGCGGCGCCGGUACGGGGACAUCUUCAUCCUGCCAGGGAUGUUCGGACGCAAGGACUGGGUGGUAACGUUCAACACCGGCGAUAUUGCCACUGUGUUCCGCAAUGAGGGGGCGUGGCCGCAUCGCGAGGCCUUCGACUCGAUUGUGCACUUCCGGCAGCACAUUCGACCAGACGUCUAUGGGAGAGCCCUAGGGCUGACGGCGAGGCAGGGGGAGGACUGGGGCAAGAUGCGCUCCGCCGUCAAUCCGAUCGUCAUGCAGCCCAGGGGCCUCCGGAUGUACUUCGAGCCGCUCUCCAACAUCAACAACGAGUUCAUCGAGCGCAUCAAUGAGAUACGCGAUCCGAGCACCCUGGAGGUGCCCGGCAACUUCAACGACGAGAUGCAGCGCCUGAUCUUCGAGUCUCUGGCUCUGGUGUCGUUCGAUCGGCAGAUGGGGAUCAUCCGGAAGCACAGGGACAACCCCGACGCCCUGGCCCUCUUCCGCACCUCGAGGGACAUAUUCCGCUACACCUUCCAGCUGGACGUCCAGCCAUCGGCGUGGAAGAUCGUCUCCACGCCCACCUACCGCAAGAUGAUGCGCACCCUCAACGAGAGCCUGGACGUGGCCCAGCGCGUGCUCGCGGAGUCGCAGCAGCUCCUGGAGCAGCGGCGCCGGGCCGGCGAGCAGGUGAACAGCCACAGCAUGCUGCAGCGCCUCAUGGACAUCGAUCCCAAGCUGGCCCUCAUCAUGGGCCUGGAAAUCCUCUUCGCGGGCAUGGAUGCCACGGCCACGCUGGUCUUCGCCGUGCUGCUCACCCUGGCCAAGCAUCCGGAGAAGCAGCACAAGCUGCUCAACGAGGACACCAUGAGGGACAUGCCCUACCUGCGGGCCGUGAUCAAGGAGACGCUCCGCUUCUACCCCAACGGCCUGGGCACCCUCCGCACCUGCCCCACCGGCGUCACCCUCUCGGGCUACGCGGUGCCCCCGGGCACCCCCGUCCUGCUCGCCGCCAACGCCCUCAUGUAGGACCCCGCACACUACCCGCGCCCCGACGAGUUCCUGCCCGAGAGCUGGAUGCGCGAUCCCCAGUCCGGCCAGAAGAUGCAGGUCAGCCCCUUCACCUUCCUGCCCUUCGGCUUUGGGCCGUGCAUGUGCCUCGGCAAGCGCGUGGUGGACCUCGAGGUGGAGAAGCUCAUACGCAACUUCCACGUGGAGUUCCUGCACGAUGCCUCGAGGCCCUACAAGACGAUGGAGCCGGCCAUAGACUUUCGCUUCAGGUUCACAGACAUCCAGGAGUGAGAGGAUUAGAAUAGAGAUUAGAGUACUUCCAAUAAACUAAGCCCCCAAAAUCGAUCA